AUGAAGCCAUCAUCAUGGCCAUUCCAUAACAUCAUCAACACAACCCUUGAUCAAACUAGAUUUUAUGGUCUUAACAUGGAUACCCUAGUAGUUGAUGACCAUGAAUUCUCUUCCUUAUUCACAAACACUGAGGACUCCUCUGAGAUCUCCUCCGACCCAAAUUUUCAAACCACCUUCUCCUCCGAUGAGUAUGUUCAAUUGCCAAUUUUGGAUGAUGAUGAGAUGCAGGUGAUCACGUAUCCCGGGGAGAAUUUUUGCCAUGAUAUGGCUGAUUUUGAGCCUAUUUCAAGUGGUGCAAUUGAGGAUGUGGGCAUAUGGUUGGAUGAAAGAGAUGGUGAUGAGGGAUAUAUUCCACCAGAGCUGUCUAAUGAAUUAGAUGUAUGGUCCCCUUGUCUCUCUGUGAAAUCUAGUGAGGCUUCCGUGGUGCUACCAUCACUAAUAUUACCAAGGGAUGACAUGGAAAUUGAUAUCCAGUUGGGCCUUCAUCACCUACUAAAGGCUUAUGGAGAAGCCAUGGAGAUGGGGCAGAGAGAACUUGUUAAGGUGCUCGUGAGAAGCAUAAACGAGAAAGCUAAUCCGAUUGGGGAAGCGCUUCAACGCGUCACAUUCAACUUCUUCCAAUCCACAGAAAAUCAAGGUGACUACCUGAAACAGGAGUCAAUUAAGAACUUUGAAGCAGCUUUCAAGGCCUUUUACCAGAUGUUCCCAUAUGGGAGGUUUGCUCACUUUGCAGCCAACUCUGCUAUCCUUGAAGCUAUUCCAGAUGAUGCAGAGGUGAUACACAUAGUAGACUUUGACAUUGGAGAGGGGGUUCAAUAUCCUCCCAUGAUUGAGGCCAUAGUGCAGAAGCAAAAGACUUUAAGAUUAACAUCAAUAAAAUCAGAAAACGUUUCCAAUUUUGCGCGGUGGAAGUUUGAAGAUACAAANCAGACAAAUAAUGCUAAGUGA